UAAUGUGUAGGUAGUCCAUAACAUUUUAAGCGAACAACUCAUAACAGACGUAAGAUUAUAAAAAGAUGUUCCUCCGACUGAGUCGCAGUGUACACGUGACAAACAUAUCAUGAGCUUCAAGAGCAAGGUGGUGAUCGUGACAGGGGCCAGCGCCGGCAUCGGGGCAGCCACGGCGGUGCAGUUCGCCAAGGAAGGAGCCAGAGUGGUCGUGGUCGGAAGAAAUGAAGCCAAGCUGAAGGACGUGGCAUCAAAAUGCACCGCGGUCGGCAGUGCGCCGCUCGUGGUCAAAGCUGAUGUCUCUAACGAUGACGAUGCCAGAAGAAUCAUCAGCGAAACCAUAAAAAAGUUCGGCAAACUAGACGUACUAGUCAAUAAUGCAGGCGUCAUGACAUUCGGAACACUGUUAGAUGGAAAAAUCUUGGAAAGUUUCGACAAGUGCGUUGCCGUGAAUUUGAGGGCUAUGAUCCACACUUCGAUGCUGGCCGCGCCUCACUUGGUCAAAACUAAGGGGAACAUCGUGAACAUAUCGAGUAUUCUUGGGCAGUUCCAUAUCGGUGCGUUCGUGAAUGGGUAUGCGGCUUCCAAGGCCGGGUUGAGUCACUUCACUAGAGGGGGUGCGAAGGAGUUGGCUGUGCACGGGGUGAGGAUGAACGUGGUGAGCCCUGGGCCGGUGGACACGGCACUGCUGGAAGAUUUCGGAGCCACCGCAGGAGUGCAGGAGGUGAAGACGGCCUUGGGACGGGUAUCCCAGGCGGAUGAGAUGGCUGACUUGAUUCUUUAUGUGGCCAGCGACAAGGCGAAAGGAAUCACAGGGUCUGAGUUUGUGGCCGAUAAUGGUAUAAGCUUGGUUUAA